AUGGUUGCCAUCCCCAGGACUCUUAUUGACACACGGAGUGCACCGGAGCUACUAGCAGGAGCACCGUUCAUCUUAAUUGCAGUUGACAAUGACGGUUUUCUGGAGCUACCCGGAAUGCCACUGGAUAUGGACUGGGAUAGGCAAAGGAUCAGACAUCGACCGAGCUUGAAGUACUUGGAAGCCUUACUGCCGCAUGGAGCAGAUCCCUGCGAAGAGUAUGGAGGCUCAACAGCUUGGAACCAUGUCAUAGACAGGUUUUCGGAAAUUCUGCAUGACCCCGAAGUCCUCGAAGCCUGUCAAGGUUCCCCAAUUUGGCACAAGACGGCGCACUUAGUGCAUAAUUUUGCGAGACGAUUUGGACGAGAUUAUAGGGAAUCAGUCGAGCUAGAACGUCUGUGUCAAAUUUUAGAAGUCGGUUAUGAAAAUCUGGAGAUUUCGGAUGACAGUGAAGAUGAGAGCAAGGAUGAGAGUGUGGACGCAUCCCAAGACACCGGUUAUCAUCAGCACAGCCGAAAGAGGAAAUGGACAGACUAGAUAGAUUACGACUCAAAGCACUGGGGAGUCCGCUGACAAGGGCAGCAACUCCAGCAACGAAGACGACGAGUAUGCAGACGAAGAGCAAGAGUAUCCGGGUCAAGACAAGGCCGACCGCAAGAGAAAUUUGGCGGCUUGGCUCACUGACCUGGUUGGCCUGGUUGCUUCUUAGCCGU